UCUCUCUCUCUCCCCCUCACCCACUCACUCCAAUUAGGGUUUAGCCUUAGGGCUUUUCUCUCUCUGCACAUUACUGCUCCUUCUGUCUCGCUCUUUGUGUUAGGGCUUUGAAGCCAUGGAUAGAUACCAGAAAGUCGAGAAACCAAAGCCUGAAUCACCCAUUAACGAGAACGAGAUCCGAAUCACUUCUCAGGGCUUGGUUAGGAACUACAUCAGUUAUGCCACAAGUCUCCUUCAGGAGAGACAUGGGAGAGAAAUUGUCUUGAAAGCAAUGGGGCAGGCAAUAAGCAAGACGGUCGCAAUUGCAGAAAUUAUCAAGAGGAGGAUGCCACGAUUGCAUCAAGAUACGGCCAUCAGUUCAGUGAGCAUAACUGAUGUAUGGGAACCCAUUGAAGAGGGUCUUUUGCCUGUGGAGCAGACUCGCCAUGUCUCAAUGAUUUCGAUCACGCUGUCUAUUAAGGAGCUGAACAAGAAUUCUGCAGGUUACCAAGGUCCAUCUUCUUCUGUGGAGCAAGCAAGGCCACAAUAUGACUAUCACCAACAACAAAAUCAGUUACAGCAACAACCUAGACCAGCUCGUGCAACCUACAAUGCCGGUAAUGAAGAUUCUUAUGGUCGUGGACGAGGCCGUGGUAGAGGGAGAGGGCGGGGAUGGAGCAGGGGUGGAUAUGGAAACUAUCAAGAAAAUGGUGGGUAUUCAAACUGGGGCCGAGCUGGUGAGCGUGGCAACGGUUGGGGCUAUCGUGGCGCUGGAUAUGGAAGAGGCAGAGGUGGAGGCAGAGGCUAUGGGUAUGGCUAUGGCCGUGGCCGCGGCCGUGGACGGAUGGGCAGCCGUCCAAUGGAUGGUGGCAACCAAGCAUAGUUGGGGUUGGGAUAGGUGUGCUUUUUUUGCUCUAGCUAAUGCUUGCCUUGGUCUAGCAGUUGUUAUGCUCAGAAGUAUAUGUUUGAAAGCAUGGAGUUGUGAGUUAUUUUCUCCAGGUUGUUAAGCAAUGGUUCUGUUCUCUUUAAUCGUAUGGACGUGGGGCAAGCUUGUUUCUUUGUUAUUUCUAUUUUAGCCAAGAGCAAGUAGCCAUUUUCUGAUUGUGGGUUUAUAUCAAUCUUGUUGCCACGAUGUGCUAUUUUUAUUGCUCCAG